UUUCCUCCUUCAUUUCCUCCUCCAUCUCCUUCUGCGCCCCCUUAUCCCUCCCUCGUGUCCCUCUAUAUUUCAUUGUUGCAUAGAAGUUAUGUCUGCAACUGCCAAACCUGCCGUCGAGGAGGUCAAAAUGGACGUGGAGGACGCGGGCAGCGCGCCGAGUGAGGCCAAGCAGACGGAGUCCGGGACUGCGGUGGUCCCUCCGACGAUUGUGAAGGCAGGCAGCGACGCGGGAUCGGAAACCAAGCAGGAGGCUGACGGAAGCGACAGCGAGGAGAAACUGCGCGCUGUGCGGCAGAUUGAGUUUUACUUCGCGGACUCCAACCUUCCGUUCGACAAAUUCAUGUGGACACUGCACACCGCCAACCCCGAGCACUGGGUGCCCGUCUCCACCGUAGCUUCCUUCAAGCGUAUGCGCGAUUGGCAGAAGCACGGGAUACCAUGGAUUACCAAUGCACUCCGCAUGUCGACAGAACUCGAGGUGAGCGAGGACGGCACCAAGGUGCGUCGGCGCACGGAGGUGCAGCCGCCGAAGGACCAGUUCGAGAGGAGCAUCUACGCAAAAGGCUUUGGUGAGGAGGAAGACACCGAGACGCAGAGGAAGCUGGAGGACUUCUUCGACAAGUACGGGCGGACGAACGCCGUCAGGAUGCGGAGGACUGAGGAUAAGAAGUUCAAGGGCUCCGUAUUCGUCGAGUUCGCCGACUUCAAGUCCGUCGAGACGUUCCUCAAUGCCAUCCCCAAGCCAUCCUGGAACAACGAAGAGCUGAAGAUUAUGACAAAAGAAGCCUACUGCGAGAUGAAGAUCAAGGAGAAGGGCCUCACGGGCAAGGCCGCCCGGCUGCGCAAGCAGACCAUUCAGUCCGGGAAGGGGUUCAACGCGUUCCGCGAGAUGGAGGAGGCGAAGAAGAACAAGGACAAGAAGGGCAAGGGCAAAGAGGACGAGAAGAAGGAGCCGGAGCUCUUCAUCGAGUUCAUGGGCAGCAAGAUCCGUGUCGAGCCGGGCGAGGAGGGCGGCAGCGUCAAGGACGAAGACGUCCCCGUCGCCAAGGGCGCGUCGCUCAAGUUUGACGGGGCCGGCGAGAGCACCACGUUUGACGAGAUCAAGAGCGUGCUGAAGGAGCGCUUCUCGCGCGCCCCGUACGUCCAGCACACGCGCGGAGAGAGCUCAGGCCUCGUCGGGUUCGAGAAGACCCUCACCGAGGACGAGAUCACAUUCGUGAAGGAGCACCUCAAGACGCUCGGCGGCAAGGACGUCUCCUGGAGCAUCCCCGACGAGGAGACAGAACGCGCCUUCCAGCUCGAGCGCGCACAGGCGUCCGCCCGCCGCGCAGUGCACUAUAGCCAGAAUAGCCGCGGCUCCGGCAGGGGCCGGGGGCGGGGCGGGCGUGGUGGACGCGGUGGGCGUGGUGGGCGUGGUGGACGCGGCCGUGGGCGCGGCGGCGCUCGCUCGAACGGGGGUUCCAAGGACGAAGGAGCGGGCGCGGCGGCUCCAGGCGAGGAGCAGGCGGGCGACAAGCGCAAACGCGCUGUGGAGCCCGACGGCGGGCCCCACGUCGGCCAGCGCGGGGCGGCCGUCCCGGUCAUCCAGAGCGCGAAAAAGGCGAAGACGGGCGAGGGGUCUUCAUGAGCCUGAGCUGUGCAGCUUGUUCAGAAGGAGCAAACUACUGGCGGUCAUAAGUACUAUGUAGCGGUCGAAGCAUCUUAUUGUAGUUGUACCGAGCAUUGGGUCGUUGUUUCGCAUGUACCUCUUGAUUUCUCGCGCGUGUAUACAUGGAUGAUUGAGACACAAGGUUCACAUUGGAGAUACACGAUG